UUGAAUCGAGGUUUAAUGACCUCAUUCCCAGCAACACUUCUCAACGUUUAUAAAGGAAUAUUGUCUCCUCCGGGUCCGUUUCUAACGCCCAGUCCAUCACCAUCGAUCUCAGCUAGCCCACGUCUGCAACCAUCACCCUCGCUCUCACCGUUUCCACAGGAUGUGGUGCUCGUAGCCGGUGGCAAUCAAUUGAACGUUACCAGCAAUCCACAGGAACACGAGCGCAAGGCGGCGACGCCUGGCAGGCGACAAUCUAUACAUCAGUUCACCAAUGGCAGUCCAAAUGCUGGUACAGUGGUCUUUCAGCCAAGUCCCUCUCAAUCGCCGGCGGCAGCCACCACGGUUAUUGGCGUGACAACUGGUGGUGGUCUGAUAGCCACAACAACAGGUGCCGGCGGUGUUGGUGUCGGUGUCGCUGGUGCGGGCAAUGCAAUUGGCAGUGAGCUAAAUGCCACUCUUGUGGGUUCAAAUAAUAUACAACUAAACAAGAAGGGUAACAAUAAACGGGCCAACAACAACAGCCAGCAACAGUUGCUGCAGCAACAGCAGCAACAGCAACUUCAUCACCCCCAGCAGUUGACACAUCAAAUCUUUAGCAGCAACGCUGCAGCUCCCACUUCGAUAUCGACAACGACAGUGGCCGGCGGGUAUGGGGGGCCGGCCACAUCGUUUGCGACAGCAAAUGUGGCUUGUAGCCCAAAAGGUCAAGCGAAAAAAGCCGCCGCACAGACCACAUUGGUGAGCCAACAGCAGCAGCAGCAGUUCCAUCACUAUCAGAGCAGUAGUCCACUGAUAGCAGAUAGCCCCAUACCAAGUCCGAGUGGCUCGAUAACAGCAGCAGCUAUCAAGCCACCAACGCCGCAACCACCACAAGCCGUGCAGAUGUUGCCACAACAAUUCACAAUAACGGGGGGCACAACCCAACAAUUACAGCAGCAACAGCAUACGCAGCAGCCUCAGCAAGUGUUUCAGUUUAUUCAGGGACCACAAGGUCAGAUAAUAGCCACUGCCCCGCAGCCUCAAUUGCAGCAGCAAGCACAGCACCAACAUCACCCACAACAACAACAACAACAGCAGCAGCAGCAGCAACGUUUUGUCACCACCAACACGGGUACAAUUGCCCUGCCCACCACAUCCUCCACCGGUACCACCACAACAAAAUCAAGCAAAACGCCACAACAGAUUCUGCCCAAGCCGCAACAGGAGCUAACGACGCAUUCGAUUCAACAACAACAGCAACAGGCCAAAACUAAACCACAAAUCUCGCAGUCACCUCAACAUGUCACGUCCAAUGCUGCCGGCAAUCAGGCGACCAACCAGCAACAACAACAACAACAGAUUUUACUCCCGGCGACAAGUGCUCAGCCACAGCAGUUGCUGCUGAACCAAAUGCCUGUACUGGUUCAACAGAAUCCACAGGGAGUGCAGCUUAUCUUGCGCCCACCCACACCACAAUUGACAGCGACACCCUCGCUGGUCAUUCAGAAUCCUCGGGGCCAAGCACAACUCUCUCAGCCGGCGCAGCAGCAGCUGCUCCGAAUCGUGGGCACAAAUGGGGCUACCAUGCAGCUGGCUGCCGCGCCCACUUUCAUCGUGUCCUCGCAGGCGAACCUCAUUCAGCAGACCGCAUCGGCCGGUCAAUUCCAAAACGCCAUCAAGACGGGCACCCAGUUGAGUGGCCUGCACGCGGCUCUGGCACAGGCGCAGGCGCCACGAUCUCAGCCGUUCGCUACGACGGCAACCAUCAAUACCCAGCUCCUGGGGCAGAGUGUAGCGGCCCAGUUGCAGAACCUGCAGCUGGCAGCUGCCCAGAUUCAAAUGCCGAACGGGUUGACAGCCAUCUCCCAGCUGCCGGCUCAUCUGCAGCAGAGCUUAGGCGGGGCCACCAUAAAUCUGAAUCAGUUAAAUGGAGCCCACAUCCAACAGAUUGCCACUGCCUUUCAAGCGCCGCAGGCUCCAAGCACUGGAAUCGGUGGUGGUACCACCACAGCCGAGUUAUUCACUCAAUCAUCGCCAGCGCAUGUUCCGAUGGCUGUGACGCCGGAGCCACUGCGGCAAUCCACGCCGGUGCCGGUUCUGCAACAACAACAGCAGCAGCAACAUCAACAGCAGGCUGCCAUGGCCACGAUACAGUUGCAGCAGCAGCAACAACAACAGCAGCAGGCACAGAUCCAACAAUUGGAGCAUCAGCUGCAGCAGACGCAAUCCCAGGUGCAGCAGGCCCAGCAACAGCAGCCGCCGCCGCCGCCAGUUGAAGCGAAAAAGAAGCCACGUCCCCGCAAGAAAAAGCCACCGGCCGCACAGGCAAUUUCCACGACCACGAUACAGCCACCUCAAAUAACAUCGACGUCGUCGUCCAUAGUGACACCGCAAAAGAUAGCCAUAUCGGCCACGCCCACCCCCACACACACGACCAUGAACACAACGAUGCUGCAGCAGCAACAGCAGCAGCGAGCAAAAUCCCCCUCACCACCUCCAACGCAUAUCCAACGUGCCAGCAAUGGCAAACUUGAUCUCGGCGAUGUGAUGAAAUUUUGUGGAAUCACCGGCGACGACGAUGAUGAUGAGGAUUACGGUCUGGAUGGCACAGGUCUGAUGGCGUCCAGUGGCACAGCAGAUGAAACGGUAACAGCGCCAGCGACAGCAGCGCCCGCCCAAGUUCCAGUCAACGCCGCAGCAGUAGCUUCUAGCUCCAAUGAUAUCAUGAUCUCUAUACCGCACCAAAACGGCAGCGAUGGUCUUCCAUUUACAUUGACAAUACCAGCGCCACAGCCGUCGCAUACACAGCCGCCCAACGAAGCCACCGAAAUACCAAAUAUCCUAAUUAAGAUUGAUCCAAGCGAUGCGAAUGCCACAUCAUCCUCCACCUCCACAGUGGGAGCUCCGACAACGACUUUACCACCGUAUACCCUAUCGACACCACGCUUGCCUACAGCCGAGGAGAUUCAGAAACAGGCACAACAACAUUUGGCUCAACAGGCGGCGGCAGCGGCGGCAGCUGCCGCAGCAGCAGCAGCGGCCAAAAUUACAACCACAAGCACGCUCCAGACGACAGGAGGAACGCCAACGAUAAGCAUUAGCCUGCCCACGCCUCAGUCAACAGCUUCAGCUGCUCCUUCUGUGCCUGUUGCAUCGACAACGGCUGCAGUGAAGCCACGUAGAAAACCCGCCGUAAGAAGAAAUACCAAAAAAACGGAAACCAUUAGUACUCAGCCAACUGCGAUGAGCAUAAAUCCAGCAACGUCAACUACGACCACAAUCCUCAAUAGUAGUAACAUACACACCUCCGCUGCCGCCAUUAUAUCAGCUAGCACUGGGAAUGGCACUGUGAAUACCAUCACAUUAACUACUCCGGUGGUACCAGCUCCAGUAAGUACCAGCAGCACUUCGAGUUCCACUCUGAUGCUGGCCCAUGGACUGGCCACAAAUAACCCAACCGCAGUGCCCAGUCAGAUAGGAAAUAUACAGAUCUCCCAAGUGCAGAAUCAUCAUCAGCCAACACUGCCGAUUAGCAGUGCCGUUGAGAAUAAGAUUCAAAUCAUGCCCAUCCUGCCACCGGGUGCCACUGUAAUGGGCGGUACACCCGGAACACCAAUGGCCACAACAAAUCCGCCUCAGCCACAACAGACUACCACACAGUUGGUGUUUCAGCCCACACAAGCUGCAUCUGUGGCAGGCGGUGGUGGUGCUGGUGCCAAUGUCGAGCCAUCACCAACUACAGCCAUCAAGUUGUCCAAUGAUGGCCGUCAGAUGCAAUUGGUGGCCAUUCCUCAAGCAACACCGCCUUCUACACCACUGACAGCUCCGAUUGCGGCUCCUGCUCCGGCACCGACUGCCAUGUUGCCUCCGCAGUUAACGGGAAUGCCAGGAAAUUUAUCCAUAUCGGUGGGGUCACCAGCCACGGCAGCUGCUUUGGUGCCCCAACUAACUGGAAGCCUUACGUUGGCCGUAUCGGAGCAUUGUGAACGAUUGAUACUACGCCACGAUCCCAAUAAUCCGCAAGAUCAUCAAUCGCAAUUGAUAUUGCAGGCGCUGCUAAAAGGAGCUCUGCCCAAUGUAACCAUUAUCAAUGAACCAACACGGGCAGAUCCGAACAAGCCCACAGUUCAGGCGAUAGCUCCGCCGCCACAACAGCCGCCACAGCCACAGACAAUACAGGCCCAACCAGUGCUGCAGCAGUUGCCGAAAGUUAGUCCCGCUCCAAAGAUUGAAGUGAAGGUUGCCAACAGAAGGAUGUCAACUACUGUGCAUCCGGGCACCACCACCAUAAAGGCACCGGCCAUGUCCAUCAAGGCUAAUGAAGCCACCUUGACUUUUCCCCAAUUACCGCUGGCAUCGCAAGUGGUUGUCCAACAACAGCAGCCGCAGCAGCAGCAGCAGCAACAAACUCAGCAGACAGCGCAAGUGCCACAGACUACACAGACAGCACCGAUAGUCAGCAAUGGACAGCAGCGAUAUAUUGCUUUGCCGCCCAUUGAUCCGAGUACACAGCAAUUGUUCUGCCUGAAUAGUGUGACGAAUCAAAUAACCGCCAUGAGUGCUGGCCAGACAGCAGCAUCUAUUGGACCCACCGAACGUCUGUUAAUAGCUCCCGCGGGCAUUAAUGCCCAGCAACUGGCCCAGUGCCUACAACUCGGCCAAUUGCACUUUAAUGAUGUCAAUCCGCUGCCCACACCACAGACAUCGACUGCGUCCGGCACGACGACGACAACCCUCACGAUUCCAUUGAGGCCUCAACCACCGCAGCAGCAGAUUGUUCAUCCCAUACAGCCGAUAAGCAACGGACAGCUGGCCAUUACGACGACAGCAACGACGACUCUGACAACAAGCACCAGUACCACCACGACGACAGUGACCAAACAGGUGGCCAAUGUGGCUCCGAUUAUUGAUCAAAGUAAGGCAAAGUUGGAGCCCGUUGGAGCAAAGAAUUCUGCAGCUGGUGGAACGGGGGGAGCUGGUGCCGCCACCAGCACCACUGGAGCUGUGGUCAAGAAGAAACCAGUGCGUAAACCAAAAGCCACAUCAACAGCCGCUGAAUUGGCCAAUCUAAAGAAUGCCAGUGUGGUUAAGCCAAUGCCUAAAUUGGAUCCAUUGUCGCAGAAGCCCAACAACAAUCCCGUGCAAAUUGUCCAACCCAAUGUGGCUAGUGGUAAACAUAUGAUUGUGGUGGGAAGUUCCGGUUCAAGUCAGACCACGACGACAACAACAACCACAAUGAGUAGCAGUAUCCAACCAUUUCAGACGACAAGUGGUACAAAACUAAUCGGAGUGACGGCGCCCAUGCAACAGCAGCAGCAGCAGCAACCCAUUUCUAUUGGGUUACAUCAGCAGCAACGAAUUAACUUUAAUACGACGCUUACCACUGCAUCAGGAUCGACAGUGGCGGUGGUUAGUACUGCUCCAACAGCGACAAUUCCUUCUCCUGCAGCACCUACUGUGACUCAUUUGCAGGUGUUGCCAGCUCAACAGCAGCAGCAGCAGCAACCUCCCAAACAACAACAACAACAAUUGAGUACUGUUUCCCGUGUCCAAGCUAUUCAAGUAACAGCUCAAAUGCAACAGGUGCUCAAGCAGGUCCAGAUGCAGAUACAAUUUCUCAACAUCAAGCUGCAGAAUAAAACAUUUCUGCCAACCUUGCCUACAUCGUUGCCGGACAUGGAUGCAAAUGUAAUUGCUGCAUACAACAAACCGAUGACCGAUGCCGAGAUAAAUGUAGCCCUCCAGCGACUCUUUGCCGAGCAACAUCGUAUUUUGGCCUCUGGCAAAGAAGUCCCCACGCCAGAGGGCAUAUUGCCGACACCCAAUGGCAAUGGUAGCUUCAGUCUGAUGAUCCAACAGCAGCAGCAGCAACAGCAGCAAAUAUCCAGUGAAACGACAGUAAAAACAAUUGGUAAUGCAAUUGUGAUACCAGCCAAUGUGGUGCAGCCGAAUAAUCAUUCCACAACGACGACAACAACAACAGCAAUCGCUGGAUCGACGGGAACAGCGGCAACAGUAGUCAAUGUACAGCAACAGCAGCAGCAGCAGCAGAAUGCCGCCCAACGAAUACACAUCUAUCCCAUGCAACAUCAGCAGCAGCAGCAGCAGAUCAAUAAACAGAAAUUGGCACAGCAGAAAGCAACAACAUCUGCAAAUUUGGGUCAACACCAGCAGCAACAGCAACUGAAGUCCAAGGAUUCUAAUGUACAACGCAGCAAACUCAAUUCGGCAACUGCACAGCAACAACAACAACCUAAUGGAGCACUUACUGUGUUGCCGCAAAAAAUUAACUUGUUGCCAGUGGUGCAACAACAACAGCAGCAACAACAACCGCCUCUUAUCAAUAAUAAAAGUGGACCACCGCCACUUAUAUUUGCCAGUUCGUCCAGCAAUCUAAUGGCCAAUAGCAGUAACAGCAGCAGCAGCAACAAUAACAACAACAACAAUACGGCCAGCAGCAACAUAACAAUGUCUGCUGGCAAUUUGUUACCAAUGCCGCCAUUGCAACCACAGCAACAACAACAACAGCCAACAAUACAACAGGCAAUACAUCAGCAGCAACAACAACAACAACAACCUAUACAACAACAACCUCAGCUUUUGCCACCGCCUCCGCCACCAGCAGCAGCAGCAGUUGCAGCUCCAGCACCAACACCAAUCAUGACACCAGCAGUAGUGAGCAAUGCAACAGCAGCAACCGCGACUUUACUUCCUCCAGGAUUAAGCAAUUUAAUGCCCUCAUUACCAACGGUGCCCAUUUAUAUGCCAGGCAAGCCGGAUGAGUUGCCCACACCGAAGCCAAAAAUUGCACGCCUCUCCUUAUUUGUGCGACAACUGGAGGUGGAUCAAGAGAGCUGCCUUAAGCCCGACUAUGUGAAACCGUUCCGUACUAAGGAUGAGGCUGUCAAACGCUUGAUAAGAUACCAUUGCAUGCACGAAAACGAUGUGGAGUUGCCCUCUGACGAAGACGAAUUGUUCGAGGCGACCGCUGUGGGUUUCCAAGAUAAAUUCCGCCAGCUCAAUGGAAAAUUCCAAGAAAUACUCUAUCAGGAAUCAACGUUACCUCAUCGCACUUCGGAAUUGCUGCAGAUGCAACAGUUAAUGAUUGACGAUCUGAAAGGUGAAAUCAGCGACAUUAAGGAUUUCAAUCAACAGUUGAAAGAAGUGGUGCAGGCCAAUGAGGCGGCAGUAUGCAGUAGUUUGGAUAUACCUGCAUUAGAUGCUAAGGUGAAAGAGGAAAUCAAAUUAGAGCCAGAGGAUAGACCAGCCGUUAAUACGUCUGCCUCUUCUGAUGGCGGCGGCGUAGUGGAUAAAUUUGAUUUGCUAAAGAACAGUGCCGACGUGAAUACGGCCUAUAACAAGCAGCAGCAGCAACCCGCACCCUCGCAGCAGCAGCAGCAGCAGCAUCAGCAACUGAAGGUAGAGGAGAAUAAAACCGAAAUCCAAGAAACAGUUGUGAAGAGGGAGCGGGAACAACCCUCAUCAAACAAGGGCCAAACGAAAUAUAUCAAAAAGGACUUUGACAAUUUUGAUAUUGAAUCCGAAUUGACGCCAAGUUUCAUCAUGAAAAAGGUAGAACAUAAAAUGGAUGAGGAUAAUGGUGGCUAUGGUGAGAAAGCAAUGAUGGAUCAGACUCAGCCCCAGACCCAGUCACAACAACAAUCACAGAGUCAAGAGCAGCAGCAGCAGCAGCAACAACACCAAGAACAACAUCAACAGCAGCAGCAGCAGAACCACCAACAAGCACAUAUCAAAACAAGUGAGGUAGCAAAUGUGGAUCAGGAGGAUGGCUGGUAUUGUUUGCAAAAUGAACUCAAUCUGAUGAACAAUGAGUCUUUGCCCCAGCAUAAUGGACAACAUUCGUCACUUCCGCCACAUGGUCAGCAGCAGCCACCACAGCAGCAGCAACAGCAACAACACUUUCUCGAUAAUGCCACAAAUCACAUGGCCGAUCUCUUUCCCAAUGGCUGCAUUGACAAAAGCAAUCAGAGCAUUAGCAGCAGCAACAACAGCAGCUGUGCCAGUAGUGAGCACAAUGUGGCCACCAACAAUUCGGCGAAAAACUCAUCGUGCAGCGGCCAGCGACAACAACCAGUGGUGGCUAUGGUGGAAACAGAGCAACCAAAUCAACAUCCGGCCAUCAGUGAGUUCUUCAACAGCGACUCUGAUGUCCAGAAAUCUGUGGAGACGCGACUGGAGGCUAUGUUUGGAGAAUCCCCAGUUCAUUUGGAUGUAAAGACUAGUAAUGAUACGCAUGAUAUUGAAUCCAAUUUGGAUGAAAUAUUCGGUGACUCGAAAUCGCCGGCAACUAAUCAUAAAACUAAGUUGAAUAUGUGGGCAUCAGAUGGGGGAUUUAUGCAGCAGCCACAACAGCAGCAGCAGCAGCAGCAACAACAGCAACAAUAUGCCACACAACAGGCACAAACUGUGGUUGUGCAGCAACAACAACAACAACAGCAACAUCACAUUGAACUCAAUUGCAAUAAUAAUCCGCGUUGGAUGCAAAGCAUGGAGGCUCAUUACAGUGAUUUUAUGACAAGUAGCACCAGCACCGCCGAAAGUCAGUCACAGAAUCUAUUGGUGGUUAAUGGUAGUGAAUCACGCAAACGACACUGGGAUAGCCAAUUGAUGGGUGGCUCCAGCAGUGAUUUGGAGGAUGAUAAUAGCAGCAAACGUCUGUGCACAGCAUCGUCAACCUCAUCAUCGCCCAUGUCGUCGCAGCAACAUGUUCAGGUGGCACCACAUGGUCUCUUGGAUACUGAUAUGCUUGGCUUACAUGAUGGUCUGGCUGCUGUUAAUGGAUCAGCCAGUUGGAUGGAACAACAGCAGCAGCAACAACAACAACAGCAACAGCAACAUAGUUUUGCCAAUCAUCAGGCAUACACAAGUAUGAUGAAUCCACAGCAGCAGCAGCAGCAACAACAACAACAACAGCAGCAGCAGCAGCAACAACAAGAACAUCAUUACCAACAACAUAAUAUGCAACAACAAAUGCAGCAACAACAGCACCAGCAGCAACAACAUCAUCAACAACAGCAAAUGCAUGUCAAUCACUUGGGUGGAACAUCUGUAGUCACCGGAGAAUAUGACGAUGACAUUAGUCGCCAUGUGGCCAGUGCCAUCGAUAGCAUACUCAAUCUCCAGAACAGCGGCGAUUCGUUGCAAUUCUCGUUGGGUUCAUUUCUGGGUGACAGUAUUUUAGAUGAUCAACGUCAAGCGGCUAAUUUGCCUAGUUGCCAACAACAACAACAACAGCAGCAGCAGCAACAACAACAACAGGAACAGCAGCAGGUUGGUGGUACACGUCGGCGUCCGCUGGGCGAUGAAAUCGGUGACUGCCUGAUAAGCGGCGCUGGUUCAGCUGCAUCGGCGGUGACCGACAAUAGUGGCAAUCUGCUGCUAGACCAUCAUCAUCAUCAAUUGCUACAGAACCACAAUGUUAGCCAGCAGCAGCAGCAACAUCUGCAACAGCAUCAUCAUCAUCAUCACCAACAGCAGAGCCUAAGCCAAGCGCAGCCUCAGCAUAUGGGACAGAUAAAUGAUUUUAGUUGCGUUGGUGCCGGACUAGAUGAUCCGGUCAAGUCAAUAAUGACCUCUUGACUUGGGCCAGUGACGGCAGCAGCCGAUAGUGUUUCCAAUAGUCUCAUACUUGAGUUCAAUGCAACCACAUUAUGAGCAGCAGCAGCAGCAAGAACUGCCAAUUGUACAGGAACCUAUUUUUAGUUCAUUUUAGUUGAUGUUACUAACCCACCCACCCAUCCACCAACCCCCCCCCACAACUCCGCAUACCCAGUACUAAAUAAAAUGAGUUCCAUUUACGUACAUAGUAUAUACUAUAUCUAUCCUGAUCUGUACAACAUUAUUAGAUCCUAAGUUAAUAUACCUGUAGCAUGAAUUGUUUUUUAUUUCCUCUUUGAUUACUACUUCUUUCUUAUAUGUUUAGUCCAAUGUAUGUAAACUUGACUUGUACAAUACGAAACAAUGUUUUGUCAAGUGGUGCUGCUUGUCAAGUUAAAACAGACAACAAUAUUUUGUCAAGUGCUGCUUGUUACAAAAACAAAGAGAAAAAAAACAAAUGAAUAGAUUGUGAAAGAUUCAGAUAACUGCGGGGGGCAAAUUUUCUACUAUAACAAUAAAAAAAGCAAUUGAACCUUGGAGAAUUGAUCAUGAAACGACGAAUGGCAUUAAAUGCCACCACUAAAAUUGAGAAACUAAAUUAAAUAAAGGAUAAACAAUGAUGUAGCUACAAUAACAA